AUGGCUCUUUUAAGACUUUGCGCAGUAACACAGGGCUCUGUACAAGUUGACGGAGUAGAGAUAUCACAAGCAGCUCCUUCGGUCGUUCGCGAACGCUGCUUCAUCGUCGUACCGCAAGAUGCAUUCUUCCAACCCGACGUCAGUCUACGCAACAACAUCGACCUGAUGAACAACAACUCCACUAGAGAGAUCACGCAAGUGCUGCAUCAACUACAUCUAUGGGCUCACUUUCAGGUUGCUGGUUCUGACUGUCAUUACCAAGACGAUGAAGACAGCCGCACGCUUGCACUUCUGCUCUCAUGUUUCCCACCACUCUCCGCAGGACAAACGCAGCUCCUGUCUCUAGUACGUUCUGUUCUUAGAGCUAGAUAUCAAGUCAGACAAGGACGAAAGCCCAUUAUCCUGCUUGAUGAGCCCACGGCAAACCUCGAUGACGAAUACGAGUGUCUCUCAUCUAGGGUGAUUGAGCAAGAAUUCACAGACAAAGGACACACUGUACUGAUGAUCACACACAACACCAAAGACUUGGAAGAGCGUGUGAGACCAGGCAAAGAUGUGGUUAUUAGGAUAAGCAAUGGGUCGAUGAGUGUGGUGGCUUAA